GGAGCGCAACAACAGUCUGCCUGACUCCCCGACCACAUCGCACCUCUGUCCCGCCACACUGGGCUACUUUCUCAUCGCUUCCUUUAAAGAGGAUAAAGAGGGGAUUAUCGGUGCAACACAAAAGCCUGAUUGGGGAGGUUUAAGUUGGAUGUUUCCUCCAUGUUGGUAUGGCUUAAUAACUAAGUUUCCUGUCUCAUCCGCUGCGCACAAAGAGAGGAGCGGAACUUUCUGGGGACCUUUUCUUGCACCGGAGUAGCCGCGGGGGCAGCGCGCUGGUUUUAACCCAGGAGGUCACAUCUGCCAUCGGCUCCGUUUCUCUCUAGCCCGGCUGCGGAAGUGGAUGGUAUGGUAUAACUUUUCCGCUCCAGUCGAACCUGAGCGGCCGGUGAGAGAGAGGAGCCGUUUUAUGGUACUGGAGAGGGGAUGCGAGCCUCUCCUCCGUCUCGGAUAGCGGAGCGGCAAGAGGAGAGAGGUUCACCUGCUGGGCUAACAGAAAACGACCACACUGCACCAACAGAAUGCGGGAACGGGGUCCUUGCAUUUGCGGAGUAGGUGUGUGGAGUCUACUGCUGUCCCUCUGUCUGGCCUCCCUCACACAUACACACAGGAGCCACACAGUGCAUGUGAAGGCAGGGACUUGUGAGGUGAUCGCUGCCCAUCGCUGCUGCAACAAGAACAAGAUUGAGGAGAGAUCUCAGACUGUCAAAUGUUCCUGCUUCCCUGGACAGGUUGCUGGCACCACCCGGGCCAUGCCCUCCUGUGUUGAUGCCUCCAUUGUAGCCCAGAAGUGGUGGUGUCAGAUGCAGCCAUGUAUGGAUGGUGAGGAGUGCAAGGUUCUCCCAGACCUCACAGGAUGGAGCUGCAGCACAGGCAACAAAGUCAAGACCACAAAGGUGACCCGAUAGUCCUGCCCGUCUCAAGAGGACCAAAAGAAAAUGGUGGUGGAGUUACUUACACAGCACAAUGGACCUAUCAGUGGUGAGGAAACGCACUCAGACGGACUUCUACGAGGAACUAGUAAUGUUAAAUUUUUAUGAGGAUAUGGUGGCUGAAGAGACAGGACUGUGACACUGUCUUCCAUCACCUUAAACACAAUGGAGUGUCCUUGAUCCUUUACUGCAGAGGACUGCAUCACCCACAAUCCGCUACAACAAACAACAACUUCAAAAAAGUGAACUAUGACCUAAACAGCACUGGAUUAGAUGACAAAAAAACAACUUUCUUUCCAACAAUCUGUAUUCUUCAUCUCUCUUCUAUUGCUUAGUUGUGUUCUAUAUGCAUACUGGGAAUAAAGGGGAUCUGGAUUUUAGACAGCUAUCCUGCAUUACAAAUGUCACUACAAAAAAAAAAGGGAGUGGAUCCAGAAUGGCUGUCUCAUGUAGUCUGGAUGACACAUUUCAAUUUAACUGUGCCACAUCUGACACACAUAUGAUGCUGUCAAAAUGUUUCUCAGAUCUGAAACCGAACCUUUUCUUUUUUCAGAUUUCACCUCCAUAAGAAUAUUUUACCUUGAAGAGUUUGUGGCUUACCACAUGCCAUUUUUAAAAUGGGGAGACAGUUUGCCAGUCUUCUUUUUUCUUUGGUCUUUUGACAGAGGACAAGAUCCUUUCAGGGGUGAGGUUAGACUAAUACCAAGUAGAUGUUAUGGUAUAUUGAAACAUGUAAACGUGUAAAAAAUGGUCCAUGGAAUCAAUGGGGCUAAAAAUAAAUUGACGCUCUAAUGGUUUUAAUAUCUGUGUUUUUAAAUGCCUGUUAACCGCUAUGAGUACAUGUGUCAGUAUUAUAUGAAAUGAAUAAAACCUUUCAAAAGAAAA